AUGGAUGCACGUGGGGAGAUCAUGGAAGCCAUCACAACAUUGCACGAGCGUGUGGAUCAUGUCAACAUGAGGGUCAACCAGCUCGUGUACCAGCUCAAUGCGCUGCUGGCUCAGUGUUCUCUUCUGCGCCGCCGCGUGCAGCAGCUUGAAGGCCUGCCCGAGAAUACUGAUGACAAUCGUCCCCAGCCUGUGCCUGAGCUAUCUCGAAAUCUUGAUCGCCUUGUUGCUGAAGCUGCCAUCACUUGUGUUGAGACAACCACCGCUUUGCCGUGGGACAAGAAACCUUUUCGGGAUGUCUUCAAGCCUCAGGCCAUGCCAGCUGUGAUCCGGAACGUCCCCGACCUUGCUGCCAAGGUACUGAUGCGUCCUGGCCAAUCCCCGAGGGAGAUCCAGCCAUCAUCGGUGCCAAGCAAGCCCGCUCCGAUCUUCGAACAAGUUCUGGUUAAGCCUCGUUUGGUGACUGGCGCUCGUAAGGCUGAUGAUCGCGAAGGGGCCAUUCGGCGUUGGCUUUGCAUCUUGAGCCAUAACUUCGAAGCAUCGAAGGUUGGUCGCAUGUUGGCCGCUGCUGGAGAUGAUGGUGCCGAGACCCUGAGCCAAACGCUGGCCGGGAAGGCUACAAGUACCUUGCUGAAGCGAGCCAGGACAUGUGCCCGCUUUGUCUCCUGGGGACAUAAGAAUGGGAAGACGGUCUUUCCGAUUGAGUUUAUGGUGCUGAGGGCUUUUCUACAGCAAUUCUUGAAAGUGGAAAACGAGAGUGCCAUUAACGACAUCGUGUGCACCAUCAACUUUUUGUUCUAUGUUCUGGGCAUGGGAAUCGAGGAGGGUCUUCUUGACCACCCAUGGGUCAAGGGUGUCCUUCGGGGAAUUGGAACCACGGUUGCAAAUCGGAACCCAUCGCGGGUGCUUACCGUCAUGGAGGUGCUGCGGAUGGAAGAGACCCUCAUAGAAGGGGGUCUCGAUAAGGUGGACAGAUUUGCACUUGGAGUGUUCCUUUUCCAAGUCUACGCAAGGGCCCGAGUGUCAGACUUGCGGAGCAUCAGUCGGAUCAUCAUUGACAUCAGUCAUGGUGUGGGCUACAUCGAAGUCCAGACCUUCGAGCACAAAACAAAGAGAAUCACCAAUGCAUCCAAUAUUGCAUUGCUGUUGAUUGCCCCUGUGAAGGGCCUUGCUUCCAAGCCUUGGGGACUCGCGUUCAUCAGUGCCACGCAGGAGGUUGGUAUCAACUUCCAUAUUGGGCUGAAGGCGACGACGCUGUCGUGGAUGGCUAAGGCCGGAUACCCAGAGGAUAUCCGCCGAGCGACGGUCGUUGAUGCAGCCUCGGUGUCCAAUGAGAUCGAACCCGAGCUCCCGGUGGCAGCGCAGGGGCUGACGAAAGUUCCGGUGGUUCUUCUGAUAGCAGUUCAUCCGGAUCAAGCUGUGCUACGGGAACGUGCUGCGCGAGUUGGCUUGCCUCAGGCUGCGAUUGAUCGCUUGAUCGCCCAGCACAUAACCACACUCGCCAAGCUUGCGUUCGCUCCCGGGCAGCCAGGCGAGCAGCCCACCGAUGAUAAGCUCAAGGCCCUCAUCAAGAUAGGUGACGACGAACCCUCCUUGGGCGCGGUUGCGGCGAUUCGCCACCUCGUCUUCGAGGCCCAGACGGUAAUGAUCAGCCAGACGAAAUCCCUGGUAGAAAACAAGGAGGACGCCAUCAAGGAGGUGCCACCUGCUGAAAGGCGUGAACGCAUCAAACAACAGGCGGUUCGCCUGCAGGGGCUCACCUUGAAGGGCAACCUCGAGUGCUCGUACGCGAGCUAUGAUCUCUGCAUGAAGCUUCAAGUGGAGAAUGUGGUUUCCUAUCUUCCCCCGAGCAAGUUCACUACUCGCACGAGUGAGUUGAAGCUUGAAAAGCCGAAGAAAGAGCUUGACAUCCAGGCCUCCCAGGUGGUCCUCCGCGAUCCUGCAGUGGAUCAGACAUGUGAUGUCAACACCUCGUUGAAUCUCCACCUUGCCCUGCAACGGCGAGCCCUUGCUCUGGACUUAAUUGGCUUGGAUGCUGCCGCAGGCUUCCGCAGUACAACCAUCCAGCAACUCUUGCUGGCCGAUCGCGCCGCCUGGCUGAGACUGUCUGAGUUGACCCCGGAUGGCAUCCGCAAAAAUCCUGAUGGGAGCCUGCCUCUUGAUCUGCUGUGGCCUGAGUUGGAGCUUGACCCCAAGGUAGUCUUCCACUUGCUCCCUCAGCCGGGGGGCACGAAGCGCCCCCCCCCUGGAAACCCAGAUAAGUGUGAGAGUCCCAAGAAGCGCCUGCGCCCGCCGGGCAAAGGCGCUGGCAAAGGCAAGACGUUCAAGGAGCCAAGCAAUUGUCCCGAGGAACUCCGUGGGCAUAUGAGCUUUACGAAGACUGGCUGCUGGAACUUCAACAUGGCUUGCGGUUGUUCCCAGGCGAAGGUUGGUCAGGAGACGGCCUACCCACUUGGCCUCUGCCGUGCCAUGGCCGACCUGCUUCUCUCCGAGCUGCAGAUGUGUCUGGCCAAGCCCACCAUUUCCGAACAAGACGUGCUAUUGCUUUUCUCCUUCUUGAAGACUGAGAAAGCUGCCCGAGGAGUAGGUGGAGUGCAUGUUGAUCGCAACAAUGCACCUGGCUUUCCUAAUUGCAUUUUGCAACUGUCUGAGUUCAACAGUGGUCUGUGGAUGGAGGCACCAGAUGGGUCCAUACCCUGCCCUGACGCCUCCCAACCUCAGUUGCGGGGAAAUGUCAUCAAGUACACUGAUCGUCGGAUGUUCAUUGACCCCUUGGUGGCCCACUGUCCAAUGCCGUGGCAUGGCGGUCCUCGGGAUGUUCUGAUUGCUUUUACGACGAAGUGUUUCGACACUGUGCAGCCCUUGCUCCGCCACGAGCUUUCGGCCUGCGACUUCCAGGCGUUAGCAUCAGGUCACCCCCGGCACAUGACGGCCUGUCUUCCGCCUGAAUUGCAAACUACAAUCGACCGUGCCGCAGAGGAGUCACCUGCAUCGAUUGGCAGCCACAGAACUUGCACCCUCCGAAAGUGGAUCGGGAAGGCCAUUGACCUGGCUUCUUCCGAGGAAGACUUCAAGUCUGAGCUGCCUGAACAUUGUCAAGCUACCUUGUCAGGGAAGCGGAUCCUGCUUUUCCGUGAGCUUCUUCUUGAGGCGGAACACCCGGACGUUGGGAUCGUGCAACAAAUGACCAGUGCGUCACUGUCCAUGCAAGACCUGAGGUUGACCAGGGCACUUACACUGCCACUCUUGACGAGGUUUGGUGUGAAACAGAACGGAAAAAUCAGACCGAUCGACAAUUACUUGGAGAGCGGAUUGAACUCCACUGCCUCUGCCUCUGACACCAUCACCCUGCACUCUGCCGACAGCAUUGCUGCAGGCCUAGGAUACCGCUUGCAACGCGACGGCAAAUGCAUCACCAACCGGCUGCUGCUCAAGGCUUGGGACCUUCAUAAAGCUUACAAGAAUCUACCCUUGUCCUUGGAAGUGCUCAAGGAUAGCUACCUUAUUGUAUAUGACCCGGACCUCCCAGGGGGUCGCUCGACGGAACUCUUCGACUCCAUCUCGGAGGUCCUCGAGGUCGCUGGAAAAGCGGCCGGGAUGGCUUACAAGCAGUUGACCCGCUUUGUGUGUGCGGGCGGUGGUACUUUGGAUGAACCCACCACGGCGGCCUUGUUAACUUUACGGGUCGGCUUGGGCGGAGUGCUUAUCAAUGAACAGGGCACGCGGCUCGGCUACUUCAGCGAGUUCGCUUCUGAAAGUGUGAUCUCGAAGGUCAAUCCUGCAAGUGGAAACCCGAUCUUUGAGUUUGAGUGCCUAGCGAUCUAUACUGCAAUCCACUUGUGGCGGGAUCUUGCUUGCGGAACGAAUACCGUCGUCUUUACCGACAACGAGGGAGCGUUGGCUUGCAUGAUCAAUGGCACUUCGGGCAACGCUUAUGGUGCAAUGAUUGUACAAAGUACCCAUGAUCUCUGCGACGCCAGCUUCUUGAAUCCUUGGUUCGAACGUGUAAACACAAGUUCCAACAUUGCCGAUGACCCCUCGCGGGGGGUAUGCAAUGCAGAUCUUGGCAAGCGCUUCGAAGUAUGCACCGUGGUCAACAUGAUGAAUUGCAUGGUUUUUGGCAUGGACAUGGUUGCGAUUUUCAUGCUUCUUUUCAUGGUGACUCUUACCAGAAUUUUCGAGCAGCUCUUUUACAUACAACAGCAAGACGGCCAGUGCCGGUCCCAAGUCCGGCAGCGCUUCAGGACAUCUAUUCAGAAGCCGACGUUUUACCUGAGCGCAGAGGCGAGGGUCGGCGGGUACCACAGCCUGCCGGAAACCAUUACAAUGCUUUUUUCCGAGCUUCCGUGGGUGAAGCCAGUGGACAGAGGACAUUCAUAUGUGGUCAAGCGCGCCUACAAACGCGCGUGCAAAAGAGCUUUGUUUUCACAGACACGACACACUUGGUAUAGAGGCCAGUGGAUCUCCGCAGCAGCACUGUGCAGUCAGUAUGUUCCUGGUUUUGCAGCGCCGGAGCCCCCCAAGAAAAGCCGAGGAGCGAGUGUGCAGGCUACAGCCAAGCACUGCAAACUUCUUUCUUGGAACACAGGAGGCCUAGCUGAUAACAAUUGGGACAUCCUGCAGAACUGGUUGGCUGACAACUCCGUCCAGCUUUGCUGCAUACAAGAAACUAGAUGGAAUCUGGAAAGGACCUGGAAUAAUGGUCAUUACCAUGUUAUCCAUCAUGGCCAAGGCCGAUCCGGAGGGCUCAUGACGUUGAUUCAUAACCGACUGGCUGAAGCAGGUUGCAUUCGGUCUGACACCAUGGCCAACGGCAGGAUCCAGCACACACGGAUCUAUGAUCCGGACGGUGGCGUGGACAUUAUAAAUGUCUAUCAGCGCGUCUGGGCGCACGGUGCCGUUGAAGAGGUCAAGGCCCAACGCAAAACGGUCUGGACGGCACUCAACAAGUGCCUGGAGUCACUGGCACAGCAGUCGGGAACACGCAGUAUAGGGAUGCGAGAGAUGAACAUGAGUUCUCGCUCCCAGCUCGACUACCUCUUCAUGCGCUCAAAUCAGGCCACGGGCCUCAGCAAGCAAGCGCGUGGCCUUCACAGCUUUCCGAUGUUAGCUGCCCGGGGAGAAGGUUACCAUGUUCCGCUGUUGGCGCACGUGCCUAGGACCCAGCAGGCUCCAGCCAUCUUUCAGGCGUGGCGUCACAUGCAGCAGUUCCGCAAGCUCAUCAAAUCGACCCGGGCUCCAUGCAGGCGACUCAGGCGACAGCAGCUCUUGAACAUCCUUAACGAUGCCCAGUAUCAAGAAAAGAAGCGCAACAUCCAUGGCAUCUACAAACUGGUCGAUCGCCUAGCGCCCAAACGCACCCAGGUCAAGCCACAGAUGCGAGAUGAUCGGGGAGUCCUACUAGAUGCUCGCCAGGAGGCCGAGAAAACGGCCAGCUACCUUCGGCGUUUGUAUGUGGGCCAGCCCUGCGAGGACACCCUCAUGUUGAUGCCGGGCGUGGGCCAUGUCCUGACUACACAGGAUAUCUAUGAAGGCUUGCGAGCCAUCCCAGUGAACUCUGUACUUCGAGGAACCUUUGGUGACGAGGCAGAUCGGCUUCUGGACUACUUUGCAGACGACACCUUGUUGCAUCAGGAAUUUGUCACCGCCCAGGGUUUCCGUCAGGCCAUUGAACGUGUGGGGAAGUUGCUCGAAGUCCUGGCCCAGGCAGGCCUAAGCGUAAACGAUGACAAAACACAGGUGCAGGCCAAAUACCUGGGAGCACAGUUAUCGUAUGAUACAUAUGAAGACGCCGCUGUACAACACAGGGUGACGGCUGCGAGAGCUACAUAUGGUCGCCUACGCCGCAUCCUCACCAGUCGCAGCAAUCUCUCUCUUACUUCCAGAGUUCGUUUGUGGUCUGCGUGCGCGGGGGCGGGGCUGUACUACUCGCUAGACUCCAGCGGCCUCACGAACAACGGCUUGCAGAAGGUCCGGGUAUUAGUUCAGCAACAGCUGCGGGCCAUAGCCCGCAUGCCGGCUCACAUCACGCAUGUCAGCAAUCAGGAGCUUCUUGAUCGGCUUGGGGUUUGCGAGCCAGGGGCCCACAUCCUUCACAACAUGAAAGGCCAGUUGCGACGCUGGCGGGAAAACGUGGAGCAUGACGAUCCUCUUCCCAUUAAAGCGCAGGCCGACAUUGGCAGAUGGCGGCAGCAGCGAGUGGAUGAGCUGACAGCCCAACUUCAGCAGGAGCAGAAGGCAGGGCGAAGUGUACUCACAUGUCCGCAUUGUGGUUUGGAGUGUGCAAAUCAGUCAGUGCUGGGCUCACAUAUCUCCCAGAAGCACUCGGUGGCACCAGUCGUCUUCAAUCGUCUAUUGCAUUCUACUGGAGGCAUGCCGCGUUGCUCUGGUUGUCACGUGCUUAUGAGCUCCUGGGCUAGAUUGCAAAAACAUAUCGAGCACGGAGCUUGUCCCACCCCGAUUGAGACCGGCGCGCCUGAGGCCACACAGACGUUGACCAAAGAUGAGGGCGAUGCUCCGAGGCACACCGGGCACAACGGCAUCAACUCCAACAUCAGCGACGCCACCGUCGACCAAACGGCCCAGGAGCGCAAUGCACGACAGGGGCAGGGAAACCAGGAUCGGGACAUCAACAAGCUUGUGGAAGCCGCGGCCAAGCUGACGCUGAAGCUGGCGGACGAGCACCAACUGCUGCUUCAGGACUGUGGCUUCACCUGGUUCGUGAGCACGGAGCGGGGGGGGGUUCUCCCCAUGAUGUACGGCAUCAGCUCGGAGUGGAAGAAGUUGAAGGAGGAAACCCCCCAGCAGAUCACACGGCCUCUGCACGCGCUCAUGCUGGAGUGCAUUGUGAUGGAGCUUCAGGCUCGCGUCAAGAAGGCGGCGGAGGACUCCAAUGUGUGCGAGGCGGCAGUCCAGGCGGGGUGGUGCACGGAGUCGGGAGCGUGGUGUUACAAGACGUGGGACCCGAUCAAGAAGGAGCUCGUGGCGACGACCCGGGAGCCCCUGACGACCGUCACCAUCGAGAACACCAUCAUCGAGAUCCUGGCGGACAUCAAGGAGCAGGGGGUGUUGCACAAGUUUCACGCCUCGCAGACAUUACAGGCGGAUGCGAACAUGACGGCGGAGACCAAGGAAGUCUGCUUCACGAUCCAGGUGUCCCUUCGGAAUGCGGGCGAGCGGCUGCAUCGCAACUUGUCCCUGCUGUGCGACAACAUGGUCCUCAAGCUCCUGGGCAGCAGGUUGCGGCAGGAGCGCAAGCACCGACACGGCCUGGCAAAGCACCUGGAGGGGCUACUCUACAAGCAGCGCUGGCCCUACGUUUGCGUAAUCAUGGUAACACAUGUUACGUCAACGCCUUGGUACACAUUCUUACCUGGAUGUUAG